UAAAUGGGUUAAUAAUACAUCAAGAUUAAUACGAUAUCUUCGGCUGUGCAUUGCGCAGCUUUCUCGAUUAACGAUAACUCAAAGGUGGCAGUUACCUUAGCAAGAAUCAAUAACUUGGCCGGUACACGUCAUUUUUGUCGCUGGUUGGUGUUUUGUUAACUUCCCAGGCAGUGUGACGACUGACGAGGAGGAAACUUGAAAUAUUCAGUUGUUAUUUUUAAAGUUAAACUAGUGUUGUAAAGUUUUCACCGAGUAUUCUACUGGAACCUCCACGUUUUUGCUGGAGGCGAAUAGGGCUUUGUGCGCGAUACAGUGCGUUUCCCAAAGAGGACCUAACAGCGCACAGUUCCUCUGGAUUCUGUACGCGCCAGCAGUACGAUUCUUCUGCGAUCAAAGUCAUCAAACUCCUUACUUUGGAUAGUCUGGAUCUGCGAGAUUUUGGUGUUGUUGUGUUGUGUGGUUUUAUCUUCCCUGCAGUUCUCUAUAAAGACAAUUUGUAUCGUGAUUGCAAAGUGUCAGAAUCUGACGGGAAUUCGCCUCGACUUUAGUCGACUACCUUCCCUUUUGACCGUCCAAAUCGCGAUUUGGCUGUCAUCAUGAGCCAGAUUCAGGUUCUUGGACGAGUGAAUUCCGGACACGCUGAUCUUGUGCACGACGUGAAGUUCGACCACUUCGGGACGUCGCUGGCCACAUGCUCGUCGGAUCGCGUGGUGAAGAUCUUCCAUGUGGAGAAAGACGACACCGGCGGUCAGAAUAUCGUCCACGCUGCCGAUCUCAAAGGGCACGAUGAUGCCGUGUGGCAGGUCAGCUGGGCGAAUCCGCUGUACGGAACGGUGCUGGCGUCCUGUGGGUAUGAUAAGAAGGUGAUUAUCUGGCGCCAGGAAGCCGGUCACUGGAAUCAGCUGCACGAAUACGUCCACGAUAGUUCAGUGAAUUGUUUGGCCUUUGCUCCGUUUGAUUUGGGCCGUCUGAUGCUGGCAUGCGGUGCGAGCGACGGAAACAUCAUCAUUUUAUCCUAUCAAGAUGAUGGCAGUUGGAAACCAGUGAAAAUCCCUAACGCUCAUCCCUUGGGAGUGUUGGCGGUCAGUUGGGGCGAUCCGUUCUUCAUGCCGAUCAACGGGAAACGCGGAGAAACCGUGACGGCACGGCUGGCCACGGGUGGCUGCGAUAAUAUGGUCAAGAUUUGGCGUGAAAACGGCGAUUCGGGUCCCUGGAGUGAGGAGGUCCGUCUGGACAAGCACACGGAGUGGGUGCGCGAUGUGGCCUGGCGCAUUAACCGGUUAUUCGAGCACACCACCAUCGCCAGCGCCUCGCAGGAUCGCACGGUGCUCAUCUGGAAGCACGACGGCCAUUCCGGGUGGACGUAUGAACUGCUGAAGCAUUUUGAGGAUGUUCCCUGGACGCUGAGCUUCAAUCCCACCGGCAGCUCGCUGGGCGUCUUCUGGGGCAUGAAUUCGAUGACGAUCUUUCGUGACACCAAUGGGAAAUGGCAGCCGAUAACCGAAGCGCCGUCUGAAGAGGAGGAUGGGCCACGGAAUGAAGAAGGCGAUGGGAAGCAGGCCGACAGCCGUCCCUACGAAGGCUACGAUGCCACUCAAGUCCAUUAAAUCAUACCGUUUUCCUUUUUUCUCUUCUGGACCAGUUAACAUUUGUGUUGGUAACGUUUUGCGUAUUUGAAUGGAAUUUGUCUGGCACAAUUAUAGUUUUUCUACAAUAUAAUGAGAUUCCGCUGCUCACCGUGGGCUUCUGGAUGAAUAAGAGAAUGUAAACUGGGAA